AUGAGUAAAAUCAGAGACGCAGUGAAGCGUGCCAGAGCAGCCUUCAACUCUGGCAAGACGCGCCCGCUGCAGUUUCGGAUGCAGCAGUUGGAGGCGCUGCAGCGUAUGAUCAAGGAGCGUGAAAAGGACAUCGCUGAGGCACUGGGCGCCGACCUCAAGAAGAAUGAAUGGAAUGCCUACUAUGAGGAGGUGGUGUAUGUCGUGGAGGAGAUUGAUUUAAUGAUCAAGAAGCUCCCUGAGUGGGCAGCAGAUGAGCCUGUGGAGAAGACUCCCCAGGCCCUUCAAGAUGAGCUCUACAUCCACUCAGAACCCCUGGGUGUGGUCCUCAUCAUUGGCACCUGGAACUACCCAUUCAACCUCACCAUCCAGCCCAUGGUGGGCGCCAUUGCUGCAGGGAAUGCGGUGGUUCUCAAGCCUUCGGAGCUGAGUGAUAACAUGGCAUGCCUGCUGGCCACCAUCAUUCCUCAGUACCUGGACAAGGAUUUAUACCCAGUGAUCAACGGGGGUGUCCCUGAGACCACGGAGGUGCUCAAGGAGAGGUUUGACCACAUCUUGUACACAGGAAGCACAGGUGUGGGGAAGAUUGUCAUGACAGCCGCUGCCAAACACCUGACCCCUGUGACACUAGAGCUGGGAGGAAAGAGCCCCUGCUAUGUGGACAAGGACUGUGAUUUGGACAUCGCCUGCAGGCGCAUCACCUGGGGAAAAUUCAUGAACAGCGGGCAGACCUGUGUAGCCCCGGAUUACAUCCUCUGUGACCCCUCUAUCCAGGGCCAAAUCGUGGAGAAGAUCAAAAAGUGCCUGAAAGAGUUCUAUGGGGAAGAUGCCCAGAAGUCCCGAGAUUACGGGAAAAUCAUCAAUUCCCUUCACUUUGAGAGGGUGAUGGGCCUAAUAGAGGGCCAGAAAAUCGCUCUUGGGGGCACCGGGGAUCCAGCUGCCCACUACAUAGCCCCAACCAUCCUUAUGGACGUGGACCCCCAGUCCCCAGUGAUGCAAGAGGAGAUCUUUGGGCCAGUGUUGCCCAUUGUGUGUGUGCGCAGCCUAGACGAAGCCAUCCAGUUCAUCAACCAGCGGGAGAAGCCCUUGGCUCUCUAUGUAUUCUCCCACAACAACCAGGUGAUUAAGAAGAUGAUUGCAGAGACCUCCAGUGGUGGGGUGACAGCCAAUGACGUCAUCGUCCACAUCACUGUACAUUCGUUGCCCUUUGGGGGUGUUGGGUACAGCGGCAUGGGCUCCUACCAUGGCAAGAAGAGCUUCGAGACAUUCUCCCACCGCCGCUCUUGCCUGGUGAGGCCUCUGCUGAAUGAUAAGGCCCAGAAAGCCAGAUACCCACCAACUCCAUCUAAGGAUCCUGCAUGGGUCCUGGAUCUCCCCUCUCCAUGA